CGCUGCGGGGCGGAGGAGCCGGAGCGGCGGCCGGGCCGGGCCGAGCUGCCUCUGCCAUGUCCCUGUGCCGGCGCGGGGCCGCGGCCGAGCCCGAGGGCUGCGGGUUCCCGGCGGGCGCGGGGCUGAAGGUGCUGCUGCACUGGAGCGGGGACGAGGAGCUCGAGCGCUGCCGCGUGUACGGCCGGGGGUCCCUGAGCGCCGAGGAGAUCUGCAUCGACCUGGCACGGAGCCUGGGAAUCACCCCGCUCUGCUACAGCCUCUUCGCCCUGUACGACCCCCAGAGCCGGACCUGGCUCCCUCCCAGCCACCAGUUCCACAUCGGGAAGGACACCAGCAUCAACCUGAUCUUCAGGAUGAGGUUUUAUUUCCGGAACUGGCACGGGAUGAACGACAAGGAGCCGGCGGUUUUCCGGAACGUGCCGCGCACGGGGGAUUCUCCCGAGGAAAAACCUCCUGGAGGGGCUUUACUGGACAGAUCUUCCUUUGAGUACCUGUUUGAGCAGGGAAAAUUCGAAUUCGUCAACGACGUCGCUUCCCUGAAGGAUUUCCAGAGUGAGCCAGAAAUGCAGAAGUUCAAGAACGAGAGCUUGGGGAUGGCCGUGCUGCACCUGUCCCAUAUCGCCAUCAAAAAGGGCAUUUCCCUGGAGGAAGUGGCCAGGAAGUACAGCUUCAAGGACUGCAUCCCGCGCUCCUUCCGCCGCCAGAUCCAGCAGAACAAUUUCCUGACGCGGUUCCGGAUGAAGAACGUGUUCCGGCGCUUCCUGCGGCGCUUCCAGCGGCACACAGUGGCGGCGGGCAGCCUGACGGAGCGGGACGUGAUGUACAAGUACCUGGCCAUGCUGGAGCAGCUGGCUCCCCGGUUCGGGACCGAGCUCUUCCCGGUGCUGGCCCUGGAAACGGCGGCCGAGGGCGAGAAGGGGCCGUUCUGUGCCAACGGGGGCUGCACGGAGCCCGGGGAUUGCCCGGUCACUCACCACGUGCUGGUCACCGGCACCGGCGGCAUCCAGUGGAGGCCGGUGCCUGCAGAGAGCACGGAAAGCUUCUCCCAGCGUGGAUAUUUUGGGAGGAAAAGCAGGAGCAAGGAGCCGGAGGCGCCGCCGGCCGAGGAGCGGAGCGAGCCCCCCUGGUGCCAUUUCUGCGAUUUUCGGGAAAUCACCCACGUGGUGGUCAAGGACUGCAGGAUCAGCAUCCACCGGCAGGACAACAAGUGCCUGGAGGUGCUGCUGCCCUGUCCCAGCAGUGCCCUGGCUCUGGUGUCGCUGGUGGACGGAUAUUUCCGCCUGACAGCCGACUCCAGCCACUACCUGUGCCACGACGUGGCCCCGCCGCGGCUGCUGCUGAGCAUCCACAACGGCAUCCACGGGCCCAUGCAGGAGGAGUUCGUUUUUGCCAAGCUCCGCCGGGAGGAGCCGGAGGAAGGGCUCUACAUCCUCCGCUGGAGCGUCCUGGAUUUCAACCGCAUGAUCCUGUCCGUGCUCAAGAGGAGCCACCAGCAGGCUCCUGGGACACCGGGAGCCUUCAAGUUCCGGCAGUUCCGCAUCCAGAAGAAGGGAGACUCCUUCGUGCUGGAGGGCUGGGAGCGCGAGUUCCCCUCCCUGCGGGAGCUCCUGGACGUGCUCAAGGGCUGCACCCUCAGAUCCGGCGAGGAGAACUUCACGGUGAAGAGGUGCUGCCCGCCCAAGCCGGGAGAGAUCUCGGACCUGCUGAUCACACGGAAGGCGAAGGACAACGGGAAGCAGAUCCUGAACCUCACCCAGCUCAGCUUCCACCAGAUCCGCAAGAACGAGAUCACCCAGCGAGCCCACCUGGGCCAGGGCACCCGGACCAACAUCUACGACGGGGUCCUGAGCGUGUGCGGGAGCUCCGGGAACGACGACGAGGCCGAGUAUUUCUGCACGGAGCAGAACAACAACGGGCGGGAGAUGCACGUGGUGCUCAAAGUGCUGGACCCCAGCCACAGGGACAUCGCCCUGGCGUUCUUCGAGAGCGCCAGCCUGAUGUCACAGGUGUCCCACGUGCACCUGGCCUUCGUGCACGGCGUCUGCGUGCGCGGCUCCGAGAACAUCAUGGUGGAGGAGUUUGUGGAGCACGGGCCCCUGGACGUGCUGCUGCGCAAGGAGAAGGGCCGGAUCUCUGUGGGGUGGAAAAUCACCGUGGCCAAACAGCUGGGGAGCGCCUUGAGCUACCUGGAGGAUAAGAACCUGGUGCACGGGAACGUGUGUGCCAAGAACAUCCUGCUGGCCAGGAAGGGGCUGGAGGAUGGAUCCGUGCCCUUCGUGAAGCUCAGCGACCCCGGGGUCAGCUUCACCGUGCUCUCCCGGGAAGAGCGCGUGGACAGGAUUCCCUGGAUCGCCCCGGAAUGCAUCCGGGAUGUGGGGAACCUCAGCACGGCCUCGGACAAGUGGAGUUUUGGGACAACACUCCUGGAAAUCUGCUUCGACGCCGACGUGCCGCUGAAGGAGCGCACUCCCUCCGAGAAGGAGCGUUUCUACGAGAAGAGGCACCGGCUGCCGGAGCCUUCGUGCCGGGAAUUGGCCUCGCUGAUCUCCCGGUGCCUCAACUACACCCCGGUGGAGCGGCCGUCCUUCCGCACCGUGCUGAGGGAGCUGACCCGGCUGCAGCCGCACCACCUCGUGGACGUCACGUCGGUGAAUCCCGACUUCCCGGUGUCGGAUCCCACCGUCUUCCAGAAGCGGUACCUGAAGAAAAUCCGGGAGCUGGGCGAGGGCCACUUUGGGAAGGUGAGCCUGUGCUGCUACGACCCCACCAACGACGGCACUGGGGAGAUGGUGGCGGUGAAAUCCCUGAAAUCUGGGAGCAGCCCCCAGCUCCUGAGCUCCUGGAAGAGGGAAAUCCAGAUCCUGAAGACCCUGUACCACGAGAACAUCGUCAAGUACAAGGGCUGCUGCAGCGAGCAGGGGGACAAGGUGGUGCAGCUGAUCAUGGAGUACGUCCCGCUGGGAAGCCUCCGGGAAUUCCUGCCCAAGCACCCCCUGAGCCUGUCCCACCUCCUGCUCUUCGCCCAGCAGAUCUGCGAGGGCAUGGCCUACCUGCACUCCCUGCACUACAUCCACCGGGACCUGGCAGCCAGGAACGUGCUGCUGGAGAACGAGCACGUGGUGAAAAUCGGGGAUUUUGGGCUGGCCAAGGCCGUCCCCGAGGGCCACGAGUACUACAGGGUGCGGGAGGAUGGCGACAGCCCCGUGUUCUGGUACGCCCCGGAGUGCCUCAAGGAGUGUAAAUUCUACUACGCCUCGGAUGUUUGGUCUUUUGGGGUGACCCUCUACGAGCUCCUGACCCGCUGCGACCCCGGGAGCAGCCCCCCAGCCAAAUUCCUGGAGAUGAUCGGGGCCACGCAGGGGCAGAUGACGGUGCUGAGGCUGAUCGAGCUCCUGGAGAGGGGGAAGAGGCUCCCCAUGCCCAGGGAUUGUCCCUGUGAGGUUUACCGGCUGAUGAAGAACUGCUGGGAGGCCGAGGCCUCGUUCCGCCCGGCCUUCCCCAACCUCGUGCCCGUGCUGAGGAGCUUCCAGGAGAAGUACCGGGCUCAGGCCCCCUCUGUCUUCAACCUCUGCUGA